UGUAAUGAGCCCCAACCUUGUAUGCCAACACACAGUAAGGAAGAUGCCAUUCAAUAUGCAAUAUUGGCAACUGGUUUUCUUUGUGUAAUUAGUUGAUAACCUGAUAGUUUGGUUUUUACCGACUAAACGAUUUUUUUUCAGAUUUGAAAUUUAAGUUUAAAAUUGUUGAAAGGUAUAGUCAACUGCAUGACCGAAAUCAAACUUGACGUGAGCUAACUGGAAAGCUAUCCGCUGUGUGUGCAUUGAGGUAACAGUGGACGUGUACCAGAGCCACAACAGACAUUUACGUCAACAUUUGUCUUGUUUAACACGGCUCGUAGAAAUAGAAAAGCUCCCAGAAAAAAAUGGAGGCCCCUCCUGUCACCGUGAUGCCUGUCACUGGUGGUACAAUCAAUAUGAUGGAAUAUCUGUUGCAAGGCAGUGUGUUGGACCAAGGGCUGGAGAGCCUCCUGCAUCGCCUUCGUGGACUAUGCGACAACCUGGAGCCUGAAACCUUCAAAGACCAUGAGCUGGUUUACUUUUUGAAAGGGCAGCAAGGAAGCCCUUUUAUUUUGCGUGCCCGGCGCUCCCUCUCACACCCUAAUGCUCCCUGGCACGUACGCUAUCUAGGUCAACCAGAAUUGGGAGACAAGAGCCGCCAUGCCCUGGUACGCAACUGCGUGGAUGUGUCCGCCUCCCACAGCCUUCCAGAGUUCCUCAACGAGAUGGGCUUCCGAAUGGACCAUGAAUUUGUCACCAGUGGCCGCAUAUUUCGGAAAGGUGCUAUGAAAAUAGUGGUCGGCUCGGUGUCACGCAUGCUGGUUCCGGGUAAUACUGAAAAUGUGGAGCAGAUUUCACUUUCAUCCCUUAUUGAACUGAGCAUUUUGGCCCCCGCUGGCCAGGACACUGUUUCAGAGGACAUGCGCAGCUUUGCUGAGCAGCUCAGGCCUCUGAUCCACUUGGACAAGGUUGACCCAGCCAAGCAGAGACAUUAAGACUUGAUUUAGUUUUCACUUUCCGACUACAAUAUACAAACUCGGUCUGUGUUUUGUUUUCUUGUUACUAAGUGUUUAUACAUUAAAUGAAAUCACAUAAACAGUGCAUUUUCGAUUCCCCUUUUAUGCUUUUGGUCACACUGUCACUUUUAAAUGGCAUAAUCUAUUAUAUUUCCCCACUCUUAAUCUAAAGCUGUAACCUUAUCUUUGCCUGAAACAGAUGUUGUAAAAUAAUUCC